UUUUCGUCAGGGUUCAUCAAGAAUGGGAACACAAUGGGUAGGAAGAAAAAAGGAAUCUAAAUUUAAAGGGAAAAAAUUUGAUAAUGCUUUUGGACCAGCUGAUGAUCAAGAGGUUGUAUUUGCUGAGAGCUUGCCAGUCUUGAGGUCAGUGACGGAUGGUUCGAUUCAUGCUUGGUUUGAUCUCGAGCUGGUGGGCGCAGCGGCGCUGGCCUAUGAGGCGAACAAGCUGCUGGUGAUGGAGAACGUGCAAGUAGCGCCUCGGCAGGCCGGCGAGGUCUGCAUUAAGAUCUUCUCCGCUCUCCCUGACCCUCUCCGACCACUGAUCCGGUGAUGAUAGUUAGUUCUUACAUUGUAUGGAUAUUUUUUCUUUAAUUGGUAUUUCACUAUGGAACAUCAUGAUAAAU